AUGGUCUCUGCUCCGCCGCCUUCCUUGAGACCACUGCCCAGCAGAGAUGUGUCCAGUUCUAGUAUCGGCAAUAUGCCCCAGUCGCCCUCAACCACAUCAUCGGCGAGGGCGUUGAACCCUAUUUCAUCCAAGGUGACUACUGUUCUUUCAACAUCGUAUGCCGAUUCCGAAUUUCGGGAUGCCUUGCAAUUGCUCGACAGUCGCAACCUCAAGAAUACGCCCGAGACACGCCGUCAGUUACGGUUAGGCCUACAGAAGGAGGUGAUUGACAGCAAUGGGGAGAUUGUCUCCCAGUUUGGCCGAGUCGCCGAUCAACUGCGUCGCAUAGGGGCUACUCUGGACAAGUUAAAUCACAACUAUCAAGAUGUGAGGGGUCGGAUUACUGCAGCUCAACAGGAGACGGGGCCUAUUCUGGAAGACGCUUCAUCGUUGAUGAAUCAGAGAGCAGACGUGGAAUCUAAACAGCAACUUCUCAAGACAUUGCGCAGUCACUUUAUCCUUUCUGAUGACGAGGUCGCCUCUCUGACAUCAACCGCCGAACCUGUUGACGACAAUUUCUUCGCUGCUCUUUACAAGGCAAAACGAGUCAGCCAGGACUGCGAGAUUCUACUCGGAUUUGAGAAGCAGACGCUGGGCCUGCAACUUAUGGAGCAGACAUCCAAGAAUCUCGGUCUUGCCUUCCAAAAGUUGUAUAAAUGGGUCCAGCGGGAAUUCAGAACACUGAACCUCGAGAACCCCCAGAUGAACUCAUCAAUUCGUCGCGCCAUUAGAGUUCUUGCAGAGCGGCCAUCGCUCUUCCAGAAUUGCCUAGACUUCUUUGCGGAAGCUAGAGAACGCAUACUGUCCGACGCUUUUCACGUCGCCUUGACAGGUAGAACGGCCGCAGGUCUCGAAGAUCACUCGGUUAAGCCUAUCGAGAUGGCUGCCCACGAUCCGCUUCGUUAUGUGGGCGACAUGCUCGCCUGGAUACACUCGGCCACUGUCAGUGAGAGAGAGGCUCUGGAAAUCCUUUUCGUCUCGGAAGGCGACGAAAUCGCCAAGGGACUCCAGACGGGCCGGGCAAAUGAGCUCUGGCAGCUUCUGGGCGAAGGUGACGCUGAGACAGCACCCGACUUUGAUGCUCUCAAGGCGCUGAACGACCUUGUGGACCGAGAUGUCUCAGGGGCAACGAGAAUGCUGAGGCAGAGAGUCGAGCAGGUCAUUCAGUCCAACGAAGAGACUAUUCUCGCCUACAAGUUGGCCAACAUUCUUGGCUUCUAUCGAUACACCUUUGCCAAACUUUUGGGCAGCGAGUGUGCGCUGUUAGAGCUUAUGACGGGACUUGAGUCGGGCGCAUUAAGGCAGUUCCGAUCGCUCAUGAGGGAUCACAUCGCAACUCUACAAGGCGAUUUCCAGCAGACGCCUUCUGACCUUGUGCCUCCAGACUUUUUACUCGAAGCACUGAAGCAGCUUACUGCGGUCAUGAAAACGUACGAGAUUUCGCUAGCGUCGUCAUCGGACCGCGAGGCCGACUUUCAGCCAAUUCUUGCAGAGGCCUUUGAGCCUUUCUUGGCAGGUUGCGAAAAUAUGGCCAAAGGUGUGAGGCAACCGGCUGGUGCCAUCUUCAUAACAAACUGCUUGCUUGCAGCAAAGCAUGCCCUCGAGCCUUUCGACUUUACUCAAAGAAGAACACAGCGGCUGCAGGAGAGGGUUGUAGAGGAGAGCAAGAAGCUCACGGAAGAGCAAUACCAGUUCUUCCGCCGUGGUUCUGGUCUGGCGCAGAUUCUUGAAUCCUUAAGCAAUUUUACGACGGACGCCAGCGAUGUGAAGAAGGUAGCGUCGCUUGACGAGGUACAGCCGCCAGCUCUGAGUCGAGCCAGCCAGGCUCUGGACGACUUCUUACCAUCGGCGCUGAUGGACGCCAUGGAGAAUGUUAAGCGCCUGCAAGAUUCAAGUCUGGCGCGAGAACUCACCGAAAAGGCUGCGGAAAGAUUCUGCGACGAGUUUGAGCACGUCGAGCAGAUGUUGCUCUUAGCGGACGAGCUGUCAGCCGGUGACGGUGCGUCAGCUGAUGAGGGUGACGAGCCUCAGUUGCUGCGAGACCUAUUCCCUCGGACCACGGGGGAGAUCAAGGUAGCACAAAGGCUUUCUACACCUUCAAUACCCAGUCGUCCCCGCGUGUUGCUAUCGCCUAGUGCCGUGUGCAGACCAUGUGCUUCAAAAGGAUGCUUUGUGACUUAUCGUUCACCUGAGGUACAAUUUCCAGGAGCAUCAACAGAUACCCCGAGCAAGGCACUUAGGAUACUGGGUAGUGGUGUUCCCCUGAUGACCUACGCUGGAAGUUGCCCCUUCAGUUGCCCCCCGCCAUCAUUCGCCGGCAAUCCCUCUGCGGGAGAAACAAAGGCACCGCAUCCUGACCUUGAACUCUACCUGACCUCAACCUCAGCUCCAGUUCGCUCAACUCCAUCCUCCGCUACUUGGACAUACUAUGGUCUGGCUUCCAGUACCAUGUCACACUCUCGGGGCCUUGCCAUCCUCCAGAAGACAUACGACGACAGCUACUUGAAAUGCUCCACUGCUGUUUACUAUGAAAGCCAGGGUGAUGAGACCGAGGCGAUGCGAUGCUGGAGGAAUGCCCUAGAUCAGCUCAACGACCAACGCAUCACCAAGCUACUACCCAAUUACGUUGCUGGAACCGAAACAGAAGACGCCUUGAUAGAUUCUUUGCGCAAGCUCGAACUGCAGUGCAAGGAGCGCAUUGACCUGCUUGAAGCGUUACGAAUAUCCCGACAAGACGCCUUGACUCCUCAACCCAAUAACCCACCCACCCCGAACCGCUCUAUCUCCCCCGAUCCAUACACCAUGUCUACUCCUGAACGAGGCUACAUUGGCCAAGGCACAAUUCCAGCUAUAAGAUAUCCCGAUCUCUCGCGGCCCGCGUUGCCCAAAAGACCGUCGUUGCCCUACAGAACAUCAUCUGAGCAGGCUGUAGUCGGUCGCGACCAAAGUCCCGUGACGUCUCCCUUUGCCGGCCCUUCAAACUCUCCCCGAGUAACGUCUAGGAAGGAGCCGACUAUGAGGUCUCCGAGCCCUGAGAAAUACACCAUGCGGACCACCCUGCGGAGCGGGAGGCCAGGCGACAAAUCUGCAAAGUCAAGUCGAAAAUUGUCCAAGACCGAAGGACCUGGUGCCAGCAAAGCUGCAACUCUUGCAUGGACUGCCCUGAGUUCUAGAGAAAGACUCUCCAGAGCGUCACCAGCAGUACCAGAGGUCUCAUCGUCUGCGCCUGUCACGCCUGCAGAGCAGUCCCGCAAGCCGCCGCCCUCGUCUGGCAUGCAAUGGGACGUACAUACCCGACGGCUCGUGACGCCCAGAGAAGCUCAUCCGUCUUUCUCAGAUGCGACUGGUAGUGCAAGAACAUCUGAGGAUUCAUCGCAAGUGCGACCAUCAGCCUUGUCCGUGAGUGCGGCAUCGAGUGCCUUGAACGCCAUGUCCUAUCAAGAUGCUCCAGGGGUCGAGUAUGGCACCCCAAGACAAGAGCGGACCUCGCGUUCAAGGGACCCAACGUCCUCAGUCUCACGAUCCAGAGCAUCGCCUCAUGAACGGCCUCCGUCAUCUGACGCUGACGAGUCAGAGUUACGGCGCAAGACUACGCCGGACGUGGCCAGAAUACGGAGGAAGCCAGUUGGAGACAUACCUACCCGGCCCAAUAAUAAUCUCACGAGCGGAUCAGAACAGGAUAAAGCCGAUAGAUCUCAUCGUAACGUGCAAUUGUCGCGGGGCCGUUCAUCUUCGAGUUGCUCGGACAAUGCAGAAACAAGUCCGAAGGUACCUGGCAAGAAGAGGAAGGGAAAGAGGAAAGAAAACGCAAUCGCAGCUGAUGCUGAAGGCCCUUCUUCCGAAGCAUCUGCCGACGAUGAAAAAGAGGGCUCUUCGCUCAAGACAGCCUGGAAGGAAACGAAAAAGAAGAUUAUGAAAAACCUUCCAACCGGCGUGGACGAGGCAGCCGCAAAGCAAAUUCUCAAUGAGAUCAUUGUACAGGGCGAUGAGGUCCGAUGGAGCGAUGUUGCCGGCCUAGAGAUAGCCAAGAACGCACUCAGGGAGAACGUGGUUUACCCGUUCCUGCGACCUGACUUGUUCAUGGGACUUCGGGAGCCUGCAAGAGGAAUGCUGCUUUUUGGUCCGCCAGGCACGGGCAAGACCAUGCUGGCGCGUGCUGUAGCAACAGAAUCACGGUCGACAUUCUUCUCGAUAUCAGCAAGCAGCUUGACGAGUAAAUACUUGGGCGAGUCUGAGAAGCUCGUCCGAGCAUUGUUCUCUCUGGCGAAGACUCUGGCACCAAGCAUCAUCUUCGUUGACGAAAUUGACUCGUUACUUUCUCAGAGGUCCGGGUCGGGAGAGCACGAGGCGACAAGGAGGAUCAAGACUGAGUUUCUCAUUCAGUGGAGUGAUUUACAGCGAGCUGCGGCGGGUCGGGCCGUGGAUGAAAAGGACAAGACCAGAGGAGAUGCGAACCGAGUGCUUGUCUUGGCGGCAACCAAUCUGCCCUGGGCUAUUGAUGAAGCCGCACGCCGCAGGUUUGUGAGGCGUCAAUACAUACCGCUGCCUGAGUCCGAGACUCGCUCUACGCAGUUUCGAACACUUCUGGGGCAGCAAAAGCAUGUCCUGUCCGACGCGGACAUUGAGAAGCUCGUUCUCCUUACAGAUGGAUUCUCGGGCUCCGAUGUAACGGCACUGGCUAAGGAUGCGGCCAUGGGUCCGCUCCGCUCUUUGGGCGAGGCUCUCUUGCACAUGACCAUGGACGAAAUCCGACCGAUUUCAUUGGCAGACUUUGAGGCGAGUCUGACAACUAUCAGACCGAGUGUGAGCAAAACGGGCUUGAAGGAAUAUGAGGAUUGGGCCAAGGAGUUUGGCGAGCGAGGUGGAUGA